AUGAGUUCAACCACUAGCGUCAAGCCAUGCCUGAAAACGGUCUUGAUCACAGGCUGUAGCUCCGCCGGCAUAGGCUACGCCCUGGCAGAGGCUUUCGCCGAGGCAGGCUACCAUGUAUUCGCCACGGCUCGAGACUUAUGCAAGGCCAAAGGAUUGACCAACCACUCAUCGGGUAACAUUCAACUCCUCCAGCUGGACGUCAGCUCACCCGAGUCAAUCAAAGCCUGUGUCGCCGCCGUCGGCUUAGCAACAGAGGGCCGGGGACUCGACGUGUUGGUCAAUAAUGCCGGCGCGGUUCAUACAAUGCCCCUUCUCGACGCUGAUUUGGAAAAGGCCCGCCAGACAUACGAAGUCAAUGUUUGGGGUGUGUUGGCGGUCGCGCAGGGAUUUGCCGACUUGCUUAUCAAGGCAGGUGGAGUGGUGUUGAACAUUUCGUCUAUUGCUGCUUGUGUGACUAUGUCUUGGCAAGGCAUCUACUCCAGCUCCAAGGCAGCUAUUACCACACUGUCUGAAACGCUGCGCAUCGAGAUGGCCCCGUUGGGUGUGCGUGUCAUAACGGCUAUGGUGGGAACAGUUGAGACAAAUAUCUUCGUCAACAGCGGCGAGUUCAACCUCCGACCUGGGUCCCGAUACAAAUCGGUCGAGGAGGAGAUAACGAGAAAGUCACGGGGAGAGGAGCUCUUUGGCCAUACGAAUACUGAGACGGUUGCGAAAAGGCUGGUAUCCGACGUCACUGCUGGGAGGACGGGGAUGGUGUGGCGCGGGGGUUUGGCGACUACAACGGGAUAUUUAUCGUGGUUGCUGCCUACGUGGCUAUCGGACUGGGCUGGGAACUAUAGGAGUGGGAUUUAUAAGGUGAAGCCAUAG